ACCAUUCAUCCCCACCCAUCCCCAAGCCAAGCAUCAUGGAUCCCUUCAGCACCUCGCUAGAGAUCAUAAGCCUAGUGUACGAAACCACGAUCUUCAUCCGUGACGUCACUGCCGAAGUUAAGAACUAUGGCGACGCCAAGCGCGACAUCUCUGAGCGCCUGGAACACGAACUCGUCUUUGUUGAAACAUUCACGGAUGUGUGCUUUGGCGAAGACCAAGGACUUUUACGGGAUCCCAGGGUCAAAGACAGUGUGAAAAGAGAUGUGAAGCAUUGCUUGGAUGCGCUGAGCAGAGCGUCGGCGGAGUAUCGCGUUGAGGCUGAAAAGUAUAAGGGCACCGUUCCGGAUAUAGCUGAUGAGACCGCUGAUGCGCUUGCGAAAACUGAUUUGAAGGAUGGUAGGAAGGGAGUGAAGGACAGGAUGAAGGCGAGAUGCGAAGUGUGGAAGAAGAAAGCCGCUCCGCUUGAGUGGGCGUUGUUCGGGAAGGAAGAGAUGGAAAAUUUGCUGGCAACGUACACGCAGUGGACCGAUCGCCUACGGCAGACUCUUUCGAUAGUCCUGUUGCUUGCUGGGACACCAUCUCCGGAGUUUGCAGCAAGCGCGCAAGCAGCCAACUUGGGGAUGAAGGAGGUAUCCGAAAGGCAAGUCAGAGUACGCGGCACGCCGCCAGAGGAAUAUGACGCUCUCAAAGGCGAAAUGAAGGAUGAGAUCACUACAAACCCGGGAAAUGGCCUGAUCAAGGGCGUUUACGAAGAUGAAUCUGGCUUCGACUCGAUCGACGUAGUUGUUGAGAUCCGGCCUUAUGACGAAGCCCUUUCCCUAGUCCUGAGCGAACGAAACUAUGAAGCAACGCAAGCGCUCAAGGAGCCGCUCCGCCAACUCACCUGGCUCCUACAAAGUCCCGUGGACUCCAAUUUCUCGAGAGAGGACGCUGAGGAUGGCUAUCGCAUGCAUACGCUAGGCUGCAUUGGCUUUUUAGAUGAGCCCUCGAAGAACCGCAGCCUGAUCCUCUACCGCUCACCUUCUGUGCCCUCGACUGCACAGGGGGUCCCCACCCUUCAUAAUAUCAUAUGCAAAGCUGCGAAGCCCAGCCUUGGAAACCGUUUCCGCACCGCUCGCGCCCUUGCCUCUACCCUUCUUACCAUCCAUGCUUCAAGCUGGGUCCACAAAAACAUAUGCUCCAGGAGUAUCCUCAUGCUACCCGUGUCAUCCACAGAUUCCGAAAAUCUUCCUUAUCUCUUAGGCUGGGACGUCGCACGACCACUCGAAGCGGGCACAUCACUUCAUGGUAUGUUCGACCUUGAGCCCAACCUUUAUCGUCAUCAAGCACGCUUCGGCAAACCAUUUCAGAAGUUUUCCAAUGAACACGACAUCUACUCUCUCGGCGUUGUGCUUCUAGAGAUUGGCUUAUGGAAGACCAUGUCAACCAUCUUCGCGCGGCCCCUCGAGAAACAUCCUAGAAUCAAGACGACUGAACAGCACGACCUAUUUAGACGCGUAAACGGGAUGAUUAUCGACCUAGCUAAUAGCCCGGAUUUGAAGAGAGAAAUGGGUGAAGGUUACGCGGCUAUUGUACGGAGAUGUCUUGCCUGGGAAACGAGUGGGACCCACGAGGAUGCUGUUGAGCAUUUGAUUAGUUUCCGCAAGACGGUCGUGGACGCUCUGUCACCAGGAAGUAAGCUGUAGAGACACCGAGGCUCUUAGCCAUUGCGCACCAAUUAAGAUCUCCUUUUCUGGGGAGCCUCGAAUUGUUGCAAUACUUUGAAAUUAAGGGCAGAUCUAAGAAUAAGGAUUCUAGCAAUAUUACUCACGCACAUUGACUUUCUGUGCUCGCGCACUUCUCCAGCGUGCAUCGUUAGAGCACCAAGCUUCUAGAUUACAGAAAUGUGGAGAUGCGGUGGGAUUAAUUGCGCCGUAUCUUCGCGGCGUGAUCAGUGCUGGCGGGAAUCGGUCCGAAUCAAUUAUCCGGAAUCACGUGGCGCUAUCCUGGAUCUAGAUCGGAUCCAUGAAUUAAUUCAGCGCUAAGGCUAAAUAGGCAACUAU